AGCAUUUAUGAAGCCAUAGAUUAACGGAAGCUACGCCAACUUAUAAUUAUAAACUAUAAUUGAACUAAGGUUACGCUUAAGUAUGUAAAGUGUUCAGGUAAAGCAUGGCAAUGACUGGCCAGAGCUCGUGCUCCUCCAUGAGUAACCACACCAAGGAGCGGGUCACCAUGGCCAAAGUGACCCUGGAGAACUUCUAUAGUAACCUCAUCGCCCAGCAUGAGGAGAGAGAGAUGAGGCAGCAGAAGCUGGAGAAAGUGAUGGAUCAGGAAGGCUUGGCUGAUGAAGAGAAACGUAUGCGGCGUUCGCAGCAUGCACGGAAAGAGACUGAGUUUCUGCGUCUGAAACGCACUCGACUGGGUCUAGAGGACUUUGAGUCUCUGAAGGUGAUUGGCCGAGGAGCUUUUGGAGAGGUUCGUCUGGUGCAAAAGAAAGACACUGGUCAUGUCUAUGCUAUGAAGAUCCUCCGCAAAGCUGACAUGCUGGAAAAAGAACAGGUUGGCCAUAUCCGUGCUGAGCGGGACAUUCUGGUAGAGGCUGAUAGCCUCUGGGUGGUCAAAAUGUUCUACAGCUUCCAGGAUAAGAUGAACCUCUACCUCAUCAUGGAGUUCCUGCCUGGAGGAGACAUGAUGACCCUGCUGAUGAAGAAGGACACUCUGACAGAAGAGGCUACUCAGUUCUACAUAGCAGAGACGGUGCUGGCCAUUGACUCCAUCCAUCAGCUGGGCUUCAUUCACAGAGACAUCAAACCAGACAACUUGCUGCUGGACUCCAGGGGUCAUGUGAAGCUGUCUGACUUCGGCCUUUGCACGGGGCUGAAGAGGGCGCACCGUACUGAGUUCUACAAGAACCUGAACCACAGCCUGCCCAGUGACCUCAGUAAGCAAACCUUCCAGAACAUGAACUCCAAGAGGAAAGCAGAGACCUGGAAGAGGAACAGGAGGCAACUGGCUUUCUCCACAGUAGGAACCCCAGACUACAUUGCUCCAGAGGUCUUCAUGCAAAACGGAUACAACAAGCUCUGCGAUUGGUGGAGCCUGGGUGUCAUCAUGUAUGAGAUGCUGAUAGGCUACCCUCCAUUCUGCUCAGAGACACCUCAGGAGACAUACAGGAAAGUGAUGAACUGGCGAGAAACACUGACCUUUCCUCCAGAAGUGCCUAUAUCAGAGAAGGCCAAAGACCUCAUCCUCAGGUUCUGCUGUGAGGAGGAACACAGGAUUGGUGCUGCAGGUGUGGAGGAGAUCAAGUCCAAUCCAUUCUUUGAGGGGGUGGACUAUGACCAUAUCAGAGAGAGACCAGCUGCCAUUCCCAUAGAGAUCAAAAGCAUCGAUGACACCUCAAACUUUGAUGAAUUCCCUGAUUCAGAUAUCCUCACACCAACAGCCGCCCCAGUAUCAAAUCAGACCGAGGCCGACCUGAAGAACAAGGACUGGGUCUUCAUCAACUACACCUACAAACGCUUCGAAGGCUUGACUGCUCGAGGAGCUAUACCGUCCUACAUGAAGUCAGGCAAGAGAUGAACACUUUCAGCCAGGCUUUGAACCAACACCACCGUGAAACGUUAACGAGUCAUCCAAACCCUUUGUCUGAGGAACUUCAGCCCUAAGGAGAACUCUGUUCUCUGGUGCCUGAGUGAUGAGGAUUCUUGUCACACAGGACCCUGCAAAUAAUAAAGGGGCUAAAUUUUGUCUGUUGCUUUCCACCAUAGGAACUGCUGCCUUCAUUUCUGCAGGUUUUACAUUCUCUGACGCUUCCGAAUUGGGAUUCAAGUGAUUGUGAUUCUCUCCACUUGCCUUUUCCACCAGUGGAUGCAGUGGGAUGUCUUUACACCUGACACCAGCAUCAUUUACAUUCCCUCUAUAAACCAGCAUCAGUCUGUUGGACAUACCAAGGGCUCUUCUCCUUCCAAACAGGACAUCCACUCUGCUUACCCGUUUAUGUUGACUUGUCAACUGAAACAUUGCAUUAAGUCACCACUUGAAGUGAUUCAGGUGCUCUUCAGGGAUUCUGUCCUAAUGUUUCUCGUCGUUUUCUACAAGAGCUCACUAAAGUGCUGCUGGCUCCUUAAGAUGACCCAACCAAAGACUGAGCUGAAUGAUGUUUCUGCUUGAUCUCUGUGUCAUGUCACUUCUUGUAACUUAAAAUUGUAGUUUUAUAGAUUGAUAUUUGCAGGAUCUGCUUGUUGAAAAGAGUGAAUAUAUGAGAGUGGUGCAUUUUGCUGAGUCUUGUUACAUUUUCACAAUGACCCACCUAUGUUCAAAUACCUUCAGCACCUUAUAUGAUGUUUUAACUAGCUCCAAUGUUGUCAGGCCUCCAGCUCUCCAGCUGUAUGUUUGGAUUGGGUGUUGUUAUUGGACUGGAAAAGUACCCUUGUGGCCACACAAGUUUGACAGGGGAGUGAAGGAGGUAUCUCCAAAAUAAGUUACUGGUACCCCACAAAUGUCUACAUUAUACUGUUUUAAUGCCAUGAGCAUGUUGCAAACUCAGACUGUUAGUGUCACGAGGGUGGGGAAGCCUAGAUAUAAAUGGGAAAUCACUGCAUUUAUAUAGUGCUUUUAUCCAAAGCGCUUUACAAGGUUUUUGCUGUUCAUUCACACAGUCCCACACACCAGUGGCCGCAGGCUACCAGGCAGGGUGCUGGCCUGACCAUUUGGAGUAAUUUGGUGUUAAGUGUCUUACCCAAGCCACUUUGACAUGUGGACCACCAACCCAGUGAUCAGUUUAAGACCCGCUCUAUCUCCUGAGCUGCGGCUGCCCCAUGAUCAUCAUUUAACAAUACAUCUUCCCAUUCAAAGUUAAACCAAUGUCAUUCUUGUAGACUGAGUAACUGCAGACAUGCACUACUGACACUCACUUCAACCUGCAAGUCAAAUUCAACCCAUUGGCUUUCAGCAGAAAAACCUGAGCAGAAAGUGUUCCCAUUAAAAACGCCUCAGUGAAUUCUCAACAGUAACAGGGCCACUGUUUCUUGAAAAGAUCUGUUGCAGCUGACUGGCACUCUCAGACAUAUGUAGCCUUGUGGAAAUAAAUAAUAGUUUCAGAACAAAUAACCACACAUGAUCCUGGACAUGUAGAUGACAUUGUGGCUCUGCCACUGAUAGUGCUCUGCCCUCAGGCCUUUGUUCCAGUUGUGUUGGAGUUUGUUUAAAUCACCACCUCUGUUACAGUUAUUGCACUCACAACACACGGGAUUGGUUUGGUUGAUGAACUUAUGACUUCUGAUUCUCUGUUCAUGCAAGUCAAUGCAAUGUCCUAACAAGAAUAGCUGCGUAAACUUGUGUGUGUGUGUCUGUGUGUUUUAAGAGACACUCAACACCUUAAAGAGUAAAUCCACAAUGCAGCAGUGUUGUCUGAACCUGAUCCAGUGUGGAGUUACUUUUUCCAUUUAGAAGCACAGGGCUAAACAGUUUCCAGUGAACACAAUAUCCAAAUGCUGUCAUUUCAAAUGAAUGUAAAUGUUUUAUGGUGUCAUGGAGAUUUUUUUUUUUUUUUUUUUUUUGCCACAGUAAUUCCAAAAUGCUGUUUGUGUGAAUGUAGCUGGACCAUACAAGUUUUUUUUUUUUUUUGAGGUGCACAUGAGGUAUAGCUAUGGAAGCCCAUAUCCCCCAAAAAUUAGAAACAAAAGGAAAGUUAGGAAUGGUAAAUAUAUAUAUUUUUAAAGAGAUCUUAAACACACAAUAUAACAUUUCUACAUGGUUUUCAGCUGACUAGGUCUGUGAUGUAUAUGUUGUUGGGUUGUAUGCUUAAAUUAUCCCAAAUGUUUCCAACAAUGUUCAAACCCACAGAAAUUAGUAAUUUUAUUCGAGGUUACGGUUCGUUUCAUGUGGUCACCUCCAGUGACAACACAGCAAACACCAGAUGAAACUUCAGAGAGCGAGGAGGAAGUCUGCAACUAGAAUUAAACUUUAAUACGGUGCAGUAGUUGUCAGAUUCACAUCGCAAGUGGUGAUUGUUUAACAAUGAAGACAACUCCCAUGAUCCUUCACAACAUCACUGUUUUUCAUUGUUGUAAUUAAGAGAGCCCCAGUGGCAGAAAUUACAUAGCUUCGUUAAGUAAAAAUCAUUUUGCUGUAGUUUACCAAAAUUAACGUUAAAGUUUUGACUCAUAACUGAAUCAGUAAAUAUCAUAAUUUUGACUUAUACCAUAUGCCAUCAUUAAUUUCAAACAGUUAACUCAAAAUUUGUAUUAUUUUUUAGAUUUUCAUGGUAAAAAAUUAUACAGUUUUGACUGGUCGAAAUGGGCUUCCAUAUAUAUAACAGUUGAGUCUUAAGGUUUUUCUUAUUGUGUGUAAUAUUAGCCUUAGUGCAUUCAGGUAGUGUGUAGAUGAAGUAAUGCAUUUUAGAAAAGCACGCAGUGGAGCUUUUUUUUUUUUUUUUUUCUAUGGCAGGGGUCACUAUUGUAAACAAACAGUCUGUUAUUGAAAUGCUUCUGCUCUGCAUGCUUUUACCAGUCAGCCUAAAGCAAUAGCGCACAUGGAAUGACUUGUUGAUAAUGCCACUUUGUGUGUGUGUGUGUGUGAGAGAGAGUUCGGACUGUGGGUGAGGAUGAGAUCGGGCAUCAGUAAAAACGAUGCAGUGCUGAAGCUUGGAGACCUGUAUGUUGUUUUCUACAAGGGAGGCUCAGAUGUGUGUGUGUGUGCUCUGCUCGUGUCAUCAUGUACCACGUGUGAUCUGAGAGGCAGGAGUGAGGGGUUUGGGGAAGGUGGGUGUACAUUAUUUAAACCACUGU